AUGUUUAUUGCACGGUCAGAAUAUGGUUUGCAUUCCCUCUCCUCCUAUCUUCAUCACUGGCCACCACCAAAUUCGUCCAAAGUAGCUGAUUCGGAUUGUCCGUCGUACCUGCAGAUCGCGGUAUCAAGUUCGUAAAAUUUCCUCCCACCGAGACAUUUUUCCAUCACCAAACUAAUCAGUUUCAUCCAGCACCUUCUCUCCCGAAGGCCGUCUGUUCCAGGUCGAGUACUCACUGGAAGCGAUCAAGCUUGGUUCGACUGCCAUCGGGGUGCGUGCCCCGCCUUUGCCAACAAUACCCCACCAUCGAUCACCCCGCACGUUUUUGGAAAUCUAAUAAAUAUGGGAUAAUCUACAGGUAGCAACGGGAUACGGUGUUAUAAUUGGUGUGGAGAAGCGCGUAACAUCGCCACUCCUUGAAGCUUCGUCUGUUGAGAAGAUAGUGGAGAUAGACCGCCAUCUAGGAUGUGCCAUGUCGGGCCUUCAAGCAGAUGCGAGGUCGAUGAUCGAACAUGCUAGAGUCGAAGCCCAGAAUCACAGCUUCCACUACAACGAGCCGCUUCGUGUUGAGAGUUGCACUCAGGCUAUCUGCGAUCUUGCUCUGAGGUUUGGAGAGGGUGCUGAUGGGGAGGAAAGUAUUAUGUCGAGACCUUUCGGUGUUGCAUUGUUGAUUGCUGGAUAUGAUGAGGAUGGUCCCCAAUUGUUGGUUACCUCCCGAUUGUCGGCUGUUGGGUGUACGGGAUAGGUACUGAUGCAGGUCCGGUUCAACUCAGAUACCAUGCCGAACCCUCCGGAACGUUCUACCGGUACGAUGCGAAGGCUAUAGGCUCUGGGAGUGAGGGGGCUCAGGCAGAAUUGCAGAACGAAUACCAUAGCGUAUGUGAUCAUCCCUCAAACGUAUUUACUAAUGUGAAAAUUUGCUGACACUUCGCCUGGUGUUUUUAGUCCUUGACACUCGAAGAAGCCGAGACUCUCGUCCUUAAAACUCUUAAACAAGUCAUGGAGGAGAAGCUCGACUCAAAGAACGUUCAGCUUGCUAGCGUUACCAAGGAAAAGGGUUUCAAAAUCUACAAGGACGAAGAAAUGGCCGAGGUUGUUGCCAGGUUGGGUGGGGCAUAGCGGUGUUUUUUUUCUUUUUUCUUGCUUUCACGAAAAAUUAUAACAAUAUAUCCCUUGUCCGGUUCUUUUACGGGAUAUAGUAGAUUGGGUAAUUUCUCAUGAAUAAAGACAGGGAGACCCCGUAUAGGAGAUCCCCGGUAUCGCCACUUUGACCACAGUUCUCCUUACGUUAGACGGUCAUGAAAGGUCCACUGGUGAAAUGUCAUAUUUGGGGUUUGCGAGUAGAUCAUUUCUGGUAACCCCUGUCCCGGUAUUAUAGAGCAGCGCUGACUGGACAGAUAUCGCUAUUCUUAAUAUUCUGGUCUAUCAUGUGCCUGCUGCACUCGCCUCCGUUGAAGUUAGGUGGUUGUGUCUCGUUUCCCUGGCUGCCAGGGUUGGCAUUUCGGAUAAAACUUGCAUUCGCAUGGUACCCGGGCCUCGUUAGACUGCGGAAGAGUGAGCCGGGUGGAUAGGAUAUGGCACUAGACUUGGGCCAUCCUUCAGCUUCCCAAGGGAAUAUCGCUAACCCCACCCAACCAGAAUUUGCGUCGCGUAAGAGUGUAGCAUUUAACGGACUACGCCCCGAUGCUGCGUCAGGCAUCUGUCCUUGGACCGAUGGUUCCCCGGACCAAUUGUGGGAAGUGUUGGGGUCCUGGAACGGCACUUGAAAGUUUUCUCCGCCGCCCGAGUCCCUUUUCGCUCCUUGUAUACCGAUACAGGGGCCUAGGCGAUAAGGUGGUUUGGCAUUGCGAGUGAUUUUAGGUGAUCAUAUCCUAAGUGGAUGUGUCAGUAAGAGCUGAUAUUUGCAAGAGCAGGGGAUCAGCUGACGGAAUAUAUACGGAAGAUUCUGUUAUUAUGACGCCUGGUAAAGAAGGGUCACGAAAAAGCGAAUCUGGACUUCUGUGACCGGUUAUUGGUGGGGUUGCUAUGCCGAUUCCGUCGGCGAAGCAAGCCACAGCUCACAAUUAAAUUCGGAGAUGAGCAUCGUUCCAAAACCCUCUCUUUAUUUAUCCCCCCAGGAAUCCGGCUGAAGUGGAAAGCAACAGAGCGCACCGGGGCCAGUUAAUUCCGAUGCCCCUUCCGGAUGCCUGGGGCAUUAUCAUUACGACCAUCACAAUUCGUGGCCGUUAUCUCUGACUCAUGG